CUGGAGGAAGGAGCAGCAGACCCGAGAGGCAGCAGGUCGGGAGUGAACCUCGUUGCCUCAGCCUCAUGCUUCGUCUCGGGGACUUCUGCUCCUCUGGUCGGCUGAUGAAGUUACUGUGACAAUAUUUAUUUAUAUAUAUUUUUAUUUCUAUCAGUUUAGUCACGCAAAAGAAGCAGAUAAGUGCGGGAAGAACAGAAGGGAGACCAAGUCAUGGAGCUGUAUUGCCUGGAGUCGGACACAGCCGUGAAAGCACAGUCGGACCCAAACAUCCUUUAUGAUGACAGAGUGCUGCAGAGUUUAUUAACUAUUGAGGACAGUUUUUUACCUCAGUGUUCGUAUUUCCAGCGGGUCCAGAAGGACAUUCAGCCGUACAUGAGAAGAAUGGUUGCAGGCUGGAUGCAUGAGGUUUGUGAAGCGGAAAACACCAACCAAGACGUCUUCCCUUUAGCUAUUAAUUAUUUAGACAGAUUUCUAGCAGUGAUGCCAACAAGAAAAAACUAUUUGCAGCUUUUGGGAGCCGUGUGCAUCUUCCUGGCCACCAAGCUGAAGGACUGCAGGCCGCUAUCAGCAGAGACGCUCUGCGUGUACACAGACAACUCCAUCACACCACGAGAACUGCUGGACUGGGAACUGGUUGUCCUGGGGAAGUUGAAGUGGAACAUGGCGUCAGUCAUCCCCAAUGAUUUUAUAGAGCACAUCAUGCGCCGGCUGCCCCUUCCCAAAGACAAGCAGGCGAUGGUCCGUAAACACUCGCUGACAUUCAUCGCCCUUUGUGCCACAGAUGACCGUCUCGCCAUGAACCCGCCCUCCAUGAUCGCCACCGGCAGCAUGGCAGCUGCUAUCUGCGGCCUGCAGCUGGACCACAACGACCAGAGGCUGAGUCGAGACGACCUGAUGGACCUGCUGGCCAAGAUCACCAGCACUGAAGUGGACUGUUUGAGGGCGUGCCAGGAGCAAAUUGAGCGUGUGCUGGCCUCCAGCCUCCAGCAGGGUCAGCAGUACAGACCGGAGACCGGCAUCAGAGGUGGCAGCAAAUCGAGGGAGCAGCAGGAUCAGUCGAGCACCCCCACGGACGUGCGUGAUGUCAACUUAUGAGCUCCCAUCGCCGCCCAACUCAGCCGACAUGUGCCUGCUUACUAAUGAACUGACAGGAGAGUGACGCUGGAGGGAGGGGUGGGGGGGGAUGAGCUGCCAGUAUCUGUUUUAAGUUGUCCCCUUCAGUGAUGGCGAGACAAUCUAUGAACUUUUAGAAACUAAGAAAUUAGUAGUUUUUCUCCUUUUUUGUUUGCCCCAUUCACACCUGGUUUGGGUCCAUUUUCACCUUUUUUUUUUUAAGACACGUCUCUUGUAACGAAACAAGCUAUUUAAGAAAAGAAACAGACGGAUAAUUGUUGAAAACUUGAUAGUGCCUUAGGUUCCAAGACCGGAAACCUGAAAAUAUUUUUCAUACUUGAAAAUUGCAUAAAUAUAUGAGAUAUACCGAAUGAUGUAUAUUUAGCCAGCAUUUAUUACUCUUUAACCAGCUUUAGUGAGUAGUUAUUAAUUUACAGUUUUCCUUUAUUUGGAAAUCCAUAUAGCAGUAAUUAAAGCAGAGGAGUGCUAUCUUAGCUAGCGGCUCUUUCUAUCAUAGUGUGCACCUGUAGCACUGCUUAUUAUUUAUGCAGAGAAGUGCUGGCUCGGAGUGGGCUGGGCCUGCUCACAGGAAGGACGUGAAAUGAUAGCGGUCCGGAGCGGUGGCUGCUCUUUCCAAAAGCUGUUGGUGUGGCAUUUCAAUUUACCAAGGCCACGUUGUUGUUGUUGGUAGAACGCAGUUAGGAGUGUUAAAUAGUUUGUUUGGAAGGGGUUGGCAUUGAUGAAAGAGCUUUAAAAAAAAAACAACUAAAGUUUUUGCAAGUUAUUUUCUUAAGGUUAUAGAGGAGACGGAGAAAGCCUGCUGGUUUUGUUGUAAAGGAGAGACAAAAGCAUGUGGAAACUGUUUGAAAAGUGUGCAAAGGUAUGGGUUGCAAAAAAAAAAAGCAAAGUGAGGAUUUUUUUUAAGCUUUAUGAUAUUUCUGCAGGAUUUUUGCAGGAAAUCAGAGUGACAGGAGGAGAAAUGUGUAUCAUUUUUUCUCUUGUUAUCAAUUACACCAUUGGGCCUUUUGUAGAGGGCGACGUGGAACGAUGUUGAUGCACUUUUAAAACACACUCCUUAAGUUUUGGUAAGGGGAUGGUUUGUGAGAAAAAGUAAGGAGGGAUCAUUUGUUUUUAUUCUUUCUUUUCUUUUAAGUUAUUUGUUUUUUGUUUUUUUUGGGCUGGAUUCCCGUGGGGUGAAGCAUGUUGUCUUGAAUGCUUCGCCUCAACUGGUUAGUAGACUUAUUAAAAUCACCCUCCUAAUGUAAGAGUUUAUAAACCAGGACAAGCCACAUGUAGACUUCAGUGUGCUUGUUUAAUCCUAAACUUGAAUUAUUUCCCUGUCAGUUUGUUUAGACCCAAUCCAUUAGAUCUAAUAGUUACAUCUUUCUGUUUUGUGUUUUUCUUUCUGAACUGCAGUUUUAAAGGCGUCCGUUUUACGCGUGUAAAUAACCAACAUCUAAAUAAACAAAAAUGCUUGAAAUUCAUGACAUUUUAGAACCGAAACUGUUUCUAAUUCGUUUUGAUGCCUUUUUCGAUGUGCAAAAAAAGCCAAAUUGCUUAAAAAAAAAUGCUUUAAGGUUCAGCAUGUUUAAUGCUUUUAUGUGUUGUGUUGUGUAGAGAUUUCCAAAGUAAAAAGAAAUAAUCUACAACAUUCUUUGCUGCUAUUAAGCUUUUUCUUUCCUAGUCUUACACAAAAAAUGCCUUAUUGUCAUUCACUUGUGUGCUGCUAUAUUUUUUAUAUGUUGUAUAUGUAACAAGUCUGCUUUUCUCUUUUGUCAAUGUACCGGAGGGAAAAGGAGCAGAGUUUGGUGCGGGACUGGAAAUCUAUUUUGAUCAGCAUGUUAUAUUCAUUUAUUGUUUUAAUCGUUGUAGUCUUUGUUCUGUCUUUGUUCUAUCAACAUUCUUGCUGCUUCUUGUGUACCUCAGGAUAAUUAAAUUGGAUAGACACAGCGAGAGGCCAUCUUACAAUUACCUCAUCACACGCCGCAUCACACACAAUGACUUCACUCCUGAUUCGUUGGACGGGUUUCACUUUUAUUCUUUUUUUCUCUGUUAAGAAUCCAUCUACCAGAUUCCACUGAUUUAAAAGUGCCUCCAGCCUACUUUAACAUGGCUGAUUUUCAUGUCUGGUGCUAGUUAAAAUAAAAUAAAAAACCUAUAAGGUGUUCUAUACAAAAAAAUUAUCUAUUCGGGGAACAAGUUUGGAUCAGUUCAGUAAAAUGCAUUGUCAUUUAUUUUUAUUGAGGUACCCAUUUAUUCAAUUUUGCAGUUGUUUGUUGUGGUUGUUCAUACAAAUCUUUUUCCAUUUAUCCCCAUGCACAACCACCUGUGUACCUCAAUAAUUUGUUCUCAAUAAAUUGGCUAAAAUCA